CGUCGUAACAUUUUUACGGAUCGUUUCUGCCCGUUGCGUCGAAAGUCACCAUGAAAAAAGUGAAGUUGUCGAACGUUAACGCGAAUAAAUUCGAGUGGCCGUUGAAAAACUAGAAAUUACAUUACAUUGUAUUGAUAAUUAAAUAUUGCCAAAUGUGUAAUACUCGAGUAGGAGAAAUUAAUGUAGCGCAAAUUCGAUAGUACGUGCUUAGUGACUACAUAGUGCGCGCGAUACAGCAUCAAAUAUUUCUUUCGUGUUAUGGUCGGCCGGACGUAUGCUUAUCUAUCCAUUAUUUAUCGCCGUAUCCUGUUAAUUUAUAGUACGAAUGAUGACAGUUUGUGCCAAACGAUCGUUUGUCUUGGUAAUAUUCUUCUUGCGUAACAAAUUCGAAUUCGCUUAGGCGCGAUCCGAUCCAAAGAACGAUCGAACGUAGAACGCAACGAUGGGAUGCGACGGCGAGCUUACUGGGAUACUUCGGGACGUGGUGCAGUUUCUGGAAUGCCUGAGGGAGGUGAAGCUUCCAGUCAGCUUGGAGAGUAUCCGAGAUAGCUUGCUGAUACGAUCGAAGGAUACUUUGACGAUGUUUAUGGUGAAAAGAAUCGAAAGAUCGACCUCCCCGGAGGCGUAUUUGAACAUGAACGCGGCUGGAUCGAAAGGUUUGGUGAUCGCGUCGAAAACGGAAGCCGAGGGCCAAGAAUACGUGGAGGCGGAGGAACACCCACCGCAGAAACAAUCGCAGUGCGAAUAUUACGAGAGCUUUGACACGGUCGAGCCGACGAAUAACGUCGACGGUGAUGAUCUCAAGAGCAAAGACAAGGAGACUGCGGAGAGCACGUUGAUGGACGCUUACGCGAACUUCUCGACGGCUCAAACCAAAAGCAAGUGCCUGAAGUACGGUCCCCUUUACAGAAAGGAAGGAAAGAAGCUGUUCGUUUUCGAACAGUAUCGGGAAUAUUGGGUCGGUUUGGUCGGAUUGCACUUGUUGAUCUACGGAAGCGAUCACGAUAAUCGUCCGUGCAUGAUCCUGCCGAUUCGCGGCUACACGGCUCGAGCUGCACCGAACGCGAUCCCCCGUGAUCAACGAAGAAGCGAGUCCACGUUCGAAAUCAUUUGCCCGGGUAGUAAAACAUUUCAGUUCGUCGCGAGGACACCGAAGGACAUGGAGCAAUGGGUGGCGCAAAUUUCUGAAUUGGGCAGUGAAGAGAGACACGAAACCAAAGAGCAUACGAAACUCUUGACCACGAGCCCGUCCGAGAAAAACGAUACCUCGCAGUCGGACGAAAAAUUGCUUCAGAAAGAUUCGAGUUUUAAAGAAGAAAGAUAUCAAGACGUGGAAUCGUUGGGCAUAGAUAAACCGAUGCCCGACGAGUCGUCGAUAGUUCCUAGUAUUGCCAUAGACAAAGAAACAGUAAAUCCGUCCCCUUCUUCGAAGGACACGCUUUCGGAAACUACGAAAUCUCCUAUUCCUAUUGUUCCUGCUUCUAUUCCAGCUCCUCCGUUGCCCGCUCGGAUUCCUCGAAGAUUACCAUCCCUACCCGUGCACGGUUCGUCGUCUUCGUACGAACUUUCCGACGAGGAAGAAGAUAUCUAUCACAAGAUCGACGACUUCAAAGAUAUAACGCACUGCUACGAGAACGCUAAUAAAGUUUGCAAAGCUAGAGUCGGCGAUAAACAAUCGAAAAAAUCCACGUCGUACGACGACGUUUGCGCGAACGUGAAAGAGAAAAAUAAGUCUGGGAAAAAAUCAAAGAAGAAUCGCGAAUCCCCUGCGAAACAAUCGAUUGCCUCGCAAAACGAGGAGACGUACGACGAUGCCGCGUCCGCGAUUACCGUGUCAAAAGAUCGCCUUGAGAAAAAAGAGAAAUUUCAAUCCUACGAUGAUGUCGAGAGUACACUUUCGAACGACACGUCGGGUAAAGCCCGAACGCCGGAGAAGACGGAAGAGCCGACCAAGUCACCCCAAAAGAAAUCGUUCCUAGACAGAGUGAGAAGCAGAAAGGAAUCUCCGCGGAAAAGCGAGAAGAAACAGAAACGUAGAACUCCGACGCCGCCGCCAACAAACGUUCAGGAACUGCCGACUUACGACGACGUAUCUAAUUUGAUAAACGGUCAGGAGGCUAAACAAAAUGUCGAGGAAGAAGAAUCGGAGUAUAAAUGCCCGCCACCGCCUAGACCGGUCUACGCGCAGCCGCCGGUGAUCGCCGAUGCAGUCGACGAACAAGAACUUUACGACGACGUCGCAGAGUGCCGCAAAGCCUAUAAAACUGAAGAUACGUGUCAAUCGGAUAGGCGAGCUUCAAGGCAAUUAAAUUACGUCCACGGUUCUACGUGUACGGAGAUCAACGACUCCGUAUCGUCUGAUAAUAUAGAAGACAACGACGAACACUAUCAAAUACCACGUAGCAGCGAGUCGAACAAAUACCCUCCCGUCGAUCAACAAGAAGAACUAUACGACGAUAUCGCUAUACUAGCAGACUUUACAGCACGACAAAAGGAAUUGCUCUGUAAAAAAGACAGCGAGGACGUAACAAAGACACAAUCUAGUUUCGAGAAAAGGUCGUGGAAUCGAUUUGUCAAUGGGAAAAAAUAUAAAAUAACAGAGUCCGUGACUUCCGAGAGAAAUUCUCGAAUUUCAAGCGGUGCCGAAGACGCGGACGACCUUGCCGAGCAACACGGUUUAACGCGGAUAAACACCUUCCAAAAAUUAAUUAACAAAAUGGAGAAUUCCCUUGGCAAAGCUUCCGUCAAGACAACGUCAUCGAUGCUGUUGAAUAAAACAAACGUGGCCAACAAUACGUAAUAUCGAAGGGAGCAGAAAACGUUAUACGUUAUAAGAAAUAUCAUUGAAGAUUGAUUCCUUUAUCGAUAAGAU